AGCUGCUGGACGCCUUCAAGGAGUUCGACACGGACCAGGACGGGUACAUCAGCUACAAGGACCUGGGUGCCUGCAUGCGCACCCUGGGAUACAUGCCCACCGAGAUGGAGCUCAUCGAGAUCUCCCAACACAUCAAGAUGAGGAUGGGCGGCCGCGUGGACUUUGAGGACUUUGUGCAGAUGAUGGGGCCGAAGCUGCGGGAGGAGACGGCCCACAUGGUGGGCGUGAGGGAGCUCAAGAUCGCCUUCCGUGAGUUCGACGUGAACGGGGACGGGGAGAUCAGCAGCGCGGAGAUGCGGGAGGCCAUCGCGGCGCUGCUGGGCGAGCAGCUGAAGGCACAGGAGGUGGACGAGAUCCUGCAGGACGUCGACCUUAAUGGGGACGGGCGCGUGGACUUCGAUG